UAGAAAAAAAGGAAACCGGAGCAAAGAGAGCGCAAGGGAGAGAUAGGGAGACAACACUAACUGGGUAGCUAUGGAGAUAGUAGGUUUUCCUGGUAGCUUUCUUUGACAGGUGUCGAGUGGGAUAAAAUAAAGUAUCAGAACAGCCUCCAAGAUGUACGGCAAGGGUAAAGGAGCUGUGGUCCCCUCCGAUAGUCAAGCAAGAGAAAAGUUAGCGUUAUAUGUGUACGAGUACCUGCUACAUGUGGGAGCACAGAAGUCUGCACAGACCUUCCUGUCUGAGAUUCGAUGGGAGAAGAAUAUUACAUUAGGGGAGCCCCCUGGAUUCCUCCAUUCGUGGUGGUGCGUAUUCUGGGAUUUGUAUUGUGCGGCUCCAGACCGAAGGGAGACAUGCGAGCACUCCAGUGAGGCCAAGGCCUUCCAUGACUACAGCGCAGCAGCAGCGCCCAGCCCAGUGAUGGGCAACAUGCCCCCCAACGACGCCAUGCCAGGUGGUCCCAUGCCCCCAGGCUUCUUCCAGGGACCACCCGGCUCUCAGCAGUCCCCCCACGCACAGCCCCCCCCACACAACCCCAGCAACCCCAUGAUGGGACCCCAUGGCCAGCCUUUCAUGUCACCGCGGUAUCCAGGUGGACCGCGCCCCGCACUCCGAAUGCCAAAUCAGCCUCCUGGGGGAAUCCCUGGAUCUCAGCCUCUCCUGCCAAACAGUUUGGACCCGACAAGACCGCAAGGACAUCCUAACAUGGGUGGACCAAUGAGAAUGAACCCUCCUCGAGGAAUGGCCAUGGGCCCACAGAAUUACGGAGGCAUGAGGCCUCCUCCCAACUCCAUGGGCGGUCCCAUGCCAGGAAUGAACAUGGGUCCUGGAGGAAGAGGGCCUUGGCCAGGACCUAAUGCUAACUCUAUAGCGUACUCCUCCUCAUCUCCAGGAAACUAUGUGGGUCCUCCAGGCGGAGGAGGUCCACCUGGAACUCCCAUCAUGCCCAGCCCAGGUGAUUCAACCAACUCCAGUGAAAACAUCUAUACAAUGAUGAAUCCUAUUGGACCGGGAGGCAACAGACCCAAUUUCCCGAUGGGACCUGGGCCUGACGGGCCAAUGGGAGCUAUGGGGGCCAUGGAGCCACACCACAUGAACGGAUCACUAGGGUCUGGGGAUAUGGAUGGGUUGCCAAAGAGCUCUCCCAAUAACAUGGGGGGCAUGAACAACCCUCCUGGAACGCCGAGAGAUGACGGCGAAAUGGGCGGGAACUUCUUGAACCCAUUCCAAAGCGAAAGUUAUUCACCCAACAUGACGAUGAGUGUGUGAUUUUAUUUUUUCCUUUUUUUUUGUAUUUUUGUUUAUUCUCCCCACCCCCACCUCCUUAUUUUUUGUACCCCUGCACCUGUAUUUUUUUUUUUUUUCUUCAAUUCAAUCCUUCCUUCACCUCGGAUUGGACCACCUCCCCUCCUCACACACACACACAAACACACACACAUACACACACACACAUACACACACACAAACACACGCCCUCUGCCCCCUAAACCCAAAUAUGGGAUCCGCUAUCUCCCCCUCUUCCCACCCCUUCUUCUCACUCGGGAACUCUACGGCCACACAGCCUUCCGGGACGGCCCUUGAGCAUGCUGGGACUCUAAUUAAGACGGGCCCUCCUGGAGCAUGCAAGAUGGCUGGCGGUCUGAAUAGGAAGCAGUCACAGAGCCACAGGAAGAGCCUCCUCUCUGACUCCGGCCCCGGCCUCCCUGGCUUCCUGUCAGGGUCUAGACAAUGAGCGAGGGAAGGAGGACAAACAGAGAGAAAGAGGGAGAGAGGAGACUGGAUAACACAGCCCUCCCCUGAGGACACAGUGUUGGUUUCUCUCUUAGCAGCUGCCUGGAAGCUUCUCAACCACGACUUUGGACUUUUUAAAAAUUUUUAUCGUCAUUUAUUUUUUCUUUUCUUUUUUUUUUUUUUUUUUUUGUUGCUGUUCCCGACGGAUUCAGUGGAGGGUCGGACCUUUUGUCCCACACAUUGUUCUCUCUGUCUGUACAUUUUUAACAGAGGUGUUGUGAUGAUCAGUGAACUUUUUUUUUUUCAUUUUUUGUGUAUGUAUUGUAUCAUUGCUAUUUUUAUUAUUGUAUUAUUGUUAUUAAUUAUAUUGGUAUGAUCAUUUUAAGAUUAGGUUCUAAUUUCUGUUGUUUCUAAGGGCACAUUAUUAUGAUGAAGACAGUAUAUGUGCACACAGAUCAGAAAUUAUUGGCUGUGUAACACAUGGCUCUAUGUGAGCACACUGCCCCCUGCAGGUAAGAUUUGAUCCAUCAUGGUACUGAUUGGCCCUUUUUGUUUUUGUAUUUUUCUCAGAGGUUUGGCGACUUUCUUUAAAAGAUCUAAAUUUUUUAACGUCUUGUUCAAUAACCCACCAGAAGAAGAAGCGGCUCCUGUUUUAGUAGCUUCCAUGCAGUGAAAUGCACAGCUCUAUUUAUUUAUGUACUUUUAAUUUGUCUUAUGAAUCAUUGUUACCUUUUUUUUUUUUUUUAAUGUUAUCCCUGUUUUUUGUUAACUGCAGAACUAGUAGCAACUAUGUAAAUAUGCAGAUCCACUCAGCAUCGUCUCUUUAUCUCCGUCUGACAUCAUUAGACCCCUCUAUCCGAGCCCUGAAGGUGCUGACGUUAAUCACUUGGUGUCGACCAUUUUGACACCCCCACCCCCAUGCUGCUUCCACUAAUGCUGCCCACUUAGGUCACUGCUCAACUCCAACGUGUGCGUAGGCUGCGUUUAUCGUCUCUCUGCUGACCUGUAGUGAACACUCGUAUUGUUUUUGUUUUGCUGAUGAGUCCUCAACACACUGUGAUGUAUGUCGGUGCUUUAUGGAAAUUUGCUUUCACACACCAGUCAGUCGAGCUUGCAGACAUUUUGCUCUCAUACACGCGGUGCUCCCUCUUGACGAUCGCCUCUGGUAAAAGGACUUGUGGCUCUCUGCUGAUCGGAUCCUUUGGUGUUUUUAUGUUGGAGAAAAGCAGGACAGGAAGUGGUGAGGCGUCGCUCCGUCGACUGUAACGAGUGGCCUCCCUCCCUGUGCUCAUCUUGAAGAAAAAGACCUCCGUCCUUUUCCCCUUUUCUCACCUCUCCAGCGGGCCAGCAUCAAUACACCCAGUCACACAUCACCCCUCUCUGAUUCUUUUUUUUUUUUUUUUUUGUACAACUCUCCAUCUUUUUGAUUUUAAUUUUUUUGUAAAUACUGUAAAAUGCAUUUUGAUAUCAUUGACAUGUUUUGAUAUUUCAGAUCACAACUUAACAGUUGAUCAGAAACGUGCUGAUUCGGGCAACUGUGUGUAUUUGUUCAGAGAUGGUGUGUCUUUUACUCAGAAAUAAUAUGAAUGAUGAGAAACAGAAACUGGAGCUGCUAUAGACUAUUAUGCUAUUUCACCUCAUCAUAGACAAAACGUGGGGCUUUACUGUGCGUCCGAGCUGUAGCGUCAAGGGUUCAUAAGAGGACGAGGGAGGAAGAUUUUGUAGUCGAGUGUGUGUGAACGCCUUUAGAUAACUCACUGUCACACACACAUUUCCUUGAAAACUCUUAAAAUUAAACAUGAUUCUUGUCCAAAAGCCUCCGUCCUCUGCCUCUGUUCUUGGAAACUGUUGGUUCGAGGUGGCAAGGUUUUUAUUUUAUUGUUUGUUCUUUUUGUUGCCAUUUUUAACAGGGAAUUUGCAAGAACAGAGCAAAAGAGGUCAGUUUUUCAUUAAUAAACUUGUCCCUUCUUUGUCUGCCUCCGAUGCACUGCUAUUCAGCUUUUACCUUCUUGACACAACUGAAACCGAAAGCAGAGCACACAGGACACUGGCUCUCAAUCCAACACACCAGGGACCAGAGUACAGACUUUACUAUGAAGGAUUUUUUUUAUCUAUUUAAAAAUGGGGUGGGAGAAAUGUUCGGGAAAGUAAAAGAGGAAAAAAAAAUAAAAAUAAUGGACAGAUUUGUUGCUAAGACGAGGUAGAGAGAGUGCGGGAACAGGCGUUUCCUCCCCUGUACUUUGAAAUACUGUUGUAUAAAAUGCAGUCAAACUUCUCUCUAUCUUUCUGUCCUGUAAGUAAAGCCGUCACAACGUUGAUCAUUUCUGUAUUUCUAUUGUGCUGAUGUAUAAUACUGUAACAUUCAGGGGUAGGGAGGGUUAAGAGAGGAAUUUUUGGGAGUGGGAGCAAAGAUUUUUCUGUUCAGUUCCUCAUUUUCCUCUUGAUGACAAAGCAGUAUUGAAUAUGAGGCAGUCUGUCCUUGGGGAGUUGCUUUGUAUCUCAUGUUAGGGUAGUUUCAGAUCCUAAAUGUCUCGUGUAGUAAAAUAAGAGGUUCCUUCUUCGUAUGUUUCUUUAUAUUGUAAAGUUUCUUUAGAUAAAAAAAAAUGUUGCUUAUUGGAAAAAAGGUGGGAAAACUGCAUUGAUAAUAAAUGUAUUUUUUUUUCUUUUUUUUUUAUUUUUUUUUCUUUUGGUUUUGUUUUAAUUUUCAUCAAGUUGUCAGUCGUUUUUGCCUGUGUCCCCCUUGUUGUAGAUACAUAUUAAAAACAAAUAAAAUGACUUCACUCCUUUUGCCAUGAA